CCGGUAAGUCAUGGAGGGCGGUUAGAGUGUGGGUGUGCUAGACCCACAUGAGGCUCUUGCUCACGGUCCGCGGCCCACUGUUGGAGAUAAGAAGGCAACCAAAGUGUCAGCUAGCUAGCCGCUUCAGGGUCACCCUAGCCAAGUACAAGCAUGCCAUCCCCCUUGCUCCGCGCACCAUCGAUAACGAGGCUCCGGUAACCAUCAACAUAACUUGAAGGCUCUCAUAAAGUCUGGAAAGGUGUCAAGCAGACUGCUCACUUCAAUGCUGUGAUGAAGAGCGUCAUUGUCUCUUUUCUAGCUUUUGAAGACGGUUGCGCAUGAGCCGCACUCUCGACCCCGCUUUACGCACGGACACUGCAUCGGCACCGGCAGGUGCGGAUACUUGAACAGGCACCAAUCGAUUCUCAGGUACUAAGUUUGUCCCCCAUCACAGCAUUGGCACUCAGAGACUCAUCGCCGUCGUCUGCACUGUGUUGAACUUCAGCAAAUGGAUCUUCCCAAAAAAUGGAACGAGCAUCUCCGACGGGCAUCGCAGAAACCAAAGCUCAAGAUUGAAUGUCCUCUGUGCGGGCGUGGGAUUCAAAACACUCAGAAUACUCAGAAUUCUCAAGAGACUCAUGCAGCUGCCCGUGUUGAUUUUGAGCAACAUCUCACGGAUGCUCACUCCCGGCUCCUUGAGGAGAAGACAACAGAUUCGGAAAGGAUUACUUGGAUUGAAUCUCAGUGGCUGGCUGCUCAGAGAGAGGGGAACCCUGGCGCUGAACCAUCCAACCAGAAGAAGGCGGUUGACCCAGACACUCCGACAGCAACCCCGGAAGGCCACAGGAGCACAAGCCCCGUGUCCAGCCUCAAAAGGGAGGGAUCCGUAUCUAGGGUCACUUCACCACCAAAGCCUGCGUUGGAUGACAGUCGAGGCGAGUUUGACCGGGGGACGUCCCAGAAGGGCAGACUAUGGAGUCCCGACGACGGCAGCACUGCCGCUCCCCGCUUGCGACCAUACGACAAAUCCAAUGUAGCAACGCGCCAACGUCCUCCUUCAGGCUCGCUCCUCAAGCCGCCACGCCAGUCCCACCAGCCUCCGGCACGGGUUCCGGCACCUCCACCCGUGGAGGAGGACCCAGAGCUUAUCAAGCAGCCCGAAACCCGGCCUAUCUCCCAAGAGCAACUGGUUGCCGAGGUCAAGGGAAUCUACGCGGGGCUUGUAAUGGUCGAGAACAAGUGCAUCGAAGUGGACAAUGACCGCAGUUCGCAAAACGACGCCAGCAACAAACUCAACAACGAUCAAUGGCAGGCUUUGAUUGCUCUCCAUCGUACUCUGCUCCACGAACAUCAUGACUUCUUUCUUGCUUCCCAGCACCCCUCGGCAAGUCCGGCACUAAGGAGAUUGGCUGCUAAAUACGCUAUGCCUGCCCGGAUGUGGCGGCACGGCAUCCACAGCUUCCUUGAGCUCCUACGGCACCGCCUCCCAGCCAGCUUGGAGCACAUGCUUACGUUUAUCUACAUGGCCUACUCGAUGAUGGCCCUGCUCUACGAGACGGUGCCUGCGUUCGAAGACACGUGGAUCGAGUGCCUCGGUGACCUUGGCCGUUACCGCAUGGCUAUCGAGGACGAUGACAUUCGGGAUCGAGAAGUGUGGACCUCCGUGAGCCGUCAUUGGUAUUCACGGGCCUCGGACAAGGCUCCCACAACAGGCAGACUCUACCAUCAUCUCGCAAUCCUCGCUCGUCCUUCCGCACUCCAGCAGCUUUACUACUAUGCGAAGUCACUUUGCGUUGAGAUGCCUUUCCCGUCUGCGCGAGAAAGUAUCAUGACCUUGUUUGACCCUAUUAUGUCGCGGGCUCCGAAUCCGCAACAGGCUAGACUCCCGCCCACCGAACUGCAUUUCGUAAAGGCACAUGGGAUCUUGUUCAGUAGCAAGCAGCAAGAAGAGCUGGAGCCUACAAUCGACGAAUUCCUCAAGCUACUGGAUAACCACAUUAAUCGCUCAACGCGCCGGUGGCGCGAGUCAGGCUAUCACAUGGCCAUAUCCAACAUUUGUGCGAUUUUAGGGUACGGCGAUGAGAACAGCCCUAUUGCCCGUGCCCUCAAGAUCACUCGCUCAAGCGGCACCGAAUCUCAGGACCAGCCCAUGCAAGAAACCAGCUCCGAGAUCACCUCUAGCAUCAACACUAUUGCAGACGACGGGUACUUCUACAACGCCCGCAAACUUUUCACCGGCACCUAUAAUAUCGUUUGUCGCCGCUUCGGUGACCCCAACAUCUUGCCUUUUCUGCACGUCACUCUCGUCUUCGUUCACCAUCUUACGUUCUACCCGGAGGCUAUAGACCACCUGGCCCCACAUUUCUCCUGGAAGCUAACGGCAUAUAUGCUCAACACGCUGAUUGGAUCGUCUUCGUCCCCAUCUGCAGACGAAUCACAGGCUUUGGCUGGCCUCUUGGGCGGUGGCGAACAGUUUCCAGGCUGGAAGGAGGAUAAAGACGAGGAGAAUAAGGUCAAGAGGGAUGAAAAGGAAGGGGGCCCUCCGGCAAGGGGCCCGAGGCGGCGGCCGCUGCCUGACGACUUCGCGCUGCGAGGGUUCUCUUGGGUCGAGCACUAUUUCCCGGACGGUUGGUUCGUCACGGACGAGAGAAUCGACGAUGACGACAAGUAUUUCGAAGUACCGAGUAUGAUGGAGGAGAGGAGAGAGAGGGUGGUUUGGCUGGGCUGUCGCAUUGCGGAGAGAGAGGACGGAAAAUGGUUGCGGUUUGAUAAGGAAACCCGGCGUUUCAUGGUUAACGCGGCAUUUGACGUGGAGCUGGACUUGGAGAUGCCAUUGCCAUCUACGCCAGGGCAGAGUGUCGACUAUGGAGAGCUACCUGACGCAGGAACUGUUGCUUGAGAUAGGAGAGUUUGGCGUUGGGCGCACAAAGCAAGUGUUUCUCGAGUAAUGGUAACCUGUUCCGCUCCGGACCACGUCGACAACUCGUCCGCGUCCGCUGAAGUGUUCCUCUCCCCCUUGACUCGACGAUGGGGUAUGAUACGGACGUCAAGGAUAAUGAGGACUACGAUGCACGCUCUCCUCCAUACUCUUACGCCAUGGUACUGGAAGUACCGGUACAGCAGGAACAGGGGCAGAAGACUGGGAAACAGGCUCUCCGUAUACAUAAGGAACUAAGGUCCCCCAGAAACUCAGACUCCUCAAGCAAGCAAUACAACCUGUGUGACCCCCUAAG